AUGGGGGUUCCAAAUAUAGCCAAGCCUUAUGAGAUAGCCUGUAGGGAGGAAAAGUUAGUUGCCUUAGAAGGUGGCGGCUCAGAACCUAAAACUCAAGGGUCGGUAGAGUCGCGAGGUAAGGCUAUUAAAGAAACUGAGAAACAGGAUCAGAAGAAGGAAGAGCCACCGAUUUUGGAAGCUCACAGAGAAACAGGCAUUUGGUCGCAGUACCAGUGGGGAGGAAACAAUCCUCCUCCGUUUUCAAUGCCAUUUGCCAUGCCAAGUAUGAAUGGAUGGCCAGGUUUCGGAAUUCCAUACCCGAUGAUGGGCAAUCCAUGUAGGGCAGGUAAUUUCAACCAGGGGGAGUCUACAGGCUAUCAAGGUCCGAAUCGCAGUUAUCAGAACAAAAAUUCCCGAUGGAAUCAGAGCCAAGCGAACCGAGGUAGACAGUGGAACGGUUAUAACAACAACAACAACUAUUGUAACGGAAAUAACAACAACGGUUAUAAUAGUAACAAUUAUGGCAACUCAAACUAUAACAACGGGUAUAACAGCAAUGGUUAUGGCACCAACAGUGGCAGGGGACAGUUAGCAAUUGAACCACAAUCAAACACAGAAGGCAGCGGCCAGUCCAGGAUGUCCAGGAAUUCGAACAAUUCAGGACAGUCCAGGCAGUCUUAUAAUUCAAACAAUUCUAAGAGAUCGUUUAAUUCAAGCGGCACUGCGGAUAGGAGCGGCAGUAGGGCCUCGAACAGUGGCCAGCUGCAUAACAUUCAGGAGGAUGACACAAAUUUUCCUCAGUCAGCCUCGAGCAAUCCACAGGAUAUUUAG